CCGGACCCUGCAGCUAAAAACCAUAAGGCAUUCGCUACAAUGGACUUUGAUAUGGAACUUGGAGGGCAGUUUUCAUUGUCAGAUCGUGACAGUGGAGCUGAAGAAGAAGAGGAACAGCCAACUCUAACUCGCAGGAAAACUAUAGGGAAUGGUCCCCCCGAUUCAAUACAUGAUUGGACCAAAGAUGCUGAUUUUGGUCUGUCCAAUCAGAAUGACCCCACUCAACUUUAUUCUAAGAAGAAUUGGCGACUACUUCGAUGCCAAAAUGGGUUGCGCAUUUUUGAAGAACUUCUGGAAGUCGAAUACCUUGCAAGGAGCUGUAGCCGAGCUAUGAGGGCUGUUGGUGUAGUGGAAGCCACAUGUGAAGCCAUUUUUGGGCUGAUGAUGAGCAUGGAUGCAACAAGAUACGAGUGGGACUGUAGCUUUCGCCAGGGUAGUUUAGUUGAAGAGGUUGAUGGUCACACCGCAGUACUAUAUCAUAGGUUGCAGCUGCAUUGGUGUCCAAGGCUCAUCUGGCCUCGGGAUCUGUGUUAUGUUAGGUAUUGGCGGCGUAACGAUGAUGGAAGCUAUGUUGUGCUAUUUCGAUCUACAGAACAUCCAAACUGUAGCCGGCAGCGAGGAUAUGUGAGGGCUUUUAUUGAAAGUGGAGGGUUCAAGAUUUGUCCUCUCAAAAGUCGCAAUGGAAGACCCCGUACUCAGGUUCAGCACCUCAUGCAGAUUGACCUGAAGGGAUGGUUCCUGAAUUACUCUACUUCCUUUCAGUAUCAUUCUUUGCUGCAAAUACUGAACUGUGUUUCUGGGCUGCGUGAAUAUUUUUCCCAAACAGAUGAUAUCCAUAUAACUCCAAGGAUUCCUGCAAUGGAGAGCAUGGAUGAUGAGAAGCCUAAUGAAGUUGACCCCAAGACUAAACCAGCAGAUCAAGACCAUGCAGAAAAUAGAAACAUGGGAACAAUUGAUGAAGAAUCGGAUGACGACGAGGAUUAUCAGGUUCCUGAAGCUGAUAUAGAGGAAGGCCCUAACAAAUCUGACAAUGAAGCUAAACACACAGAUGAGCCUCCAGAAAAAAUUGAUUUAUCUUGCUUUUCUGGGAUUCUUCAUCAUGAUCCGGAUGAGAAAAGCCGCAACUGUUGGACAGUACCUGACAGCAAGCUUUUCAAAGUUCGUAGCAAGAACUUUCCACAUGACAAAUCAAAGAUACCUGCUGCAAGUUAUCUCAUGGAGCUUGCAGCCAUAGAUUGGUUUAAGGAUACCAAGCGUAUGGAUAAUGUUGGAAGGCAAAAAAAUUGCGUUGCUCAGGUUGCUGCUGACAAAGGGAUGCAUACAUUUGUAGUCAACUUACAGAUUCCUGGAUCAACUCAUUACAGCCUGGUCAUGUAUUUCGUCACGAGUUCCUUGAAAAAGGGAUCAUUAUUGCAGCGUUUCUUUGAUGGCGAUGAUGACUUCCGGAAUAGCAGACUGAAGCUCAUACCAUCUGUUCCUAAGGGCUCUUGGAUAGUGCGGCAGAGUGUUGGCAGCACACCUUGUUUGCUGGGAAAAGCUGUCGAUUGCAGCUACGUACGAGGUCCUGGGUAUUUGGAGGUGGACGUCGACAUUGGUUCUUCUGCAGUCGCAAAUGGAGUUUUGGGCUUGGUGUUUGGUGUUGUCACAACAUUAGUAGUUGAUAUGGCUUUUCUAAUACAGGCAAACACAUAUGAGGAGCUCCCGGAGCAAGUCAUAGGCGCAGCUCGACUGGCCCAUGUGGAACCCUCUACAGCUGUAGUUCCUGACCUUGAAAACAACAGUGACAUCAACAAAGAUAACAGUAGCAAUGACGUUGCGUCUUCAGAGGAUGAUUCAUCGAAGAAAACCAACUGAUUUGGCCUUUUUGUGAAGAACUCGAUGGGAUUGUUUGGUUAUUUUUCUCCUUUCUAGCUCUGCUAGUUCUCAACCACUGCACCAACUUGCAGUUUGGUUGAUCUCUGCAAGCGCCUAUAAUUGAGUUCAGAACUUCAGACAUGCUCUUUU